UGCAUGUGUUGACAAUAUGGCGGCCUCCAUAGCUCUUCAUCUGGAGUUUGGUGGAGGAGCAGAGCUGCUUUUCAGCGGCCAGAAGGAACAUCAUGUGACUCUCCCAAGCCAAUCAGAGCCCUGUGAGUAUCAUCUUUGUAUCAAUAUUUUUUUAACUGGGGAUCCAGUUUAGUUAUGGCGAUAUAUCGACGGAUUGGGACCUCAUCCUCAGUAAUGAGGGCGUUGCUUCGGUCAGUCAUGUUGA